AUUUUUUAUGGCUCUAUAAGUUAUGAUCUAGGAGUUCUGUCCACGCCCCUUCAUUGUUUGGUUUCGCCCCAAGCUCAUACCCCCCAAACAAAACAGGCCUGUGACCUAGGCCACGUAGUAUAUCACACAUACAUUUGAAAGUUAGACAAGGAGAGUUAUUGUGAAUGCGGAAGGCUGUACCCAGUUCAAAACUGACAUGACCGUCGGUGGGCGGCCCUCGCCAGAGGAAUAGCACCUCUCAUGGUACCCGGACAGUACAUAAAUGCGCCAAAUGGUGCCAGCGCAGCCCAUGGAGCGCGUGGGGAAAGCGGGCGCAGGAUGCUUGUCCGGGACCACCACCGGCUCAUCUUUGAAUGCACAGAGAAGCUCCUUUCAAAUCCGAAGCAUACACAUGCGAUGCGUGAACGAGCCCAGAGCUAUCGAAUGCUUGGAGAUGACGAUGCAGCGCUAGCAGAUUAUGAGACCUUGCUGGCACUGGAACCAAAUAACGUGGAUGCGCUCUUCUAUCGUGGAACUAUCUUGGAGAAGAGAAGAGACGUCGAGGAUGCUAUUCGCUGCUACACAGCUGUCCUGGAGCUGGAGCCCCAGCACCACAAGGCUCUCUACAACCGCGCCGUCUGCUACAGCGCAAAAGGGAGCUUUCAACAGGCUAUCGAAGACUUCAAUGCAGCACUUCAACUGGACCAAGAGGCAUCCAAGGGGGACAGGCGACUACAGCAGCAGCAAAUGCCAAACCCUUUCCCCUCAACUAUGACCACACCUCUUGCAGCUAUCCUUGGGGACCACCCUCCUCCGGAACACGCCUCGUCCCAGCCGCAGCCGCCAUCGCGGCAACAGCAACAACAGCCGCAACAUCAUGUUUCGGCCGACGGCAUGGGCUUCCCUCACACGACCUCCUUUCCGGACUUGUCGGCCUCAGGCUGGGAUCGCCGCAACUCCACAGCCUCGCCCUGGAGCACCACCCCGUUUUCCACUACCCCCGGUUCCCUAGACGAGGACGCAGGAACGACAGCAGACCCAAGCGCCAUCGCCUCUGUCGGCGCUGCUGCGCUCGACGAAGUGUGCGGUGAUGCGUCUGGCAGCCUCACGCCUGGCUCCUUCUUCAAUCCGGUGCACCGGAAGGCCAGCUGUGGCAGCUUUGGCAAGCGUGAGCGCGGGAACGAGGGCGCAGCAGCGGCCAACAACGCCGGUCCACAGCAGCCCAGCGUAGCUGUGGGGAACGACGAGACCCAGCCCAUGCAGGCGCAGGGCUUGCAAGCCGUUCCUCCAAUGGACUCUCCUGUGGCUUCAGUAGGGGCAGCAGGAUCAGCAGCGGCAGCACCGCAGGGCGCUUCCCUUGAAGCCGCUAGCGCUCUGGUGCGGGAGCAUGCACCAAGAGUGAGCCACAAUCCGGAGCCACGCAGGGAGCCCCUAGAGCAGGAUGGCAACCAUGCCGACCAGCGCCGCCAGCAGCUUCACCAGCAGCAUCGCCGUCGCCUUGGGCCCGGUAGCAGUGGCAUCUGCGAGAGAGCAGGGAGCAGAGGUGGCUCGAAUGGUUCCCUGCAUGACUCGCUGGGCUCCUGGCUUGAGCAGCAGCCCAGCGGAGGCAUGGUGAGGGCGUCGCCUGAGCUGUCGGGGUGUGUGGCUUCGCCGCAGGGGCAGCUGUCGUCAGGGGAAGUCACACAAGAGGACUCGGUAGGUGGCGGCGGGGCGGCUAGCGAGGCAAGCGGCUGCGGAUCCGCGGUGGGGGGUCAGCUUCCUGCGCAGGGGCAAUCGUCGCAGAGUCGGCUGCAGCAGGGACAUCGGCAGCCGCAGUUACCUGGGCGGCACCAGCAGCAGCUGCAAGGUAAUGUGGAGAAGCCCGAUGCGGCUGGUCAAGUGCAUGGCCAGGAUCUCCAGGGGCCAGGAGGAACGCGCCAAGAGCAACGGGAACAGCGAGAACUCUCCCAGAUGCCUGUGGCCAUGCAAGCCCACACCUUUCUGCAGCAAUCAAAGGAUACGUACCACCAUGACCAGCUUCGUCACCACCAAACUGCCAGCGCUGCUGCUGCUGCUGCUGCCGGUGCAACUGCCAGCAGUGUCUUCGGCCGCUUGCAGGGACUCCAUCACCCUCAGCAGCAGAGGUCACAGGCCCCGCUACGGCAGCACCCGCAGGAGCAGCAGCCACAGCCACCACUCUUGCAGCCGCACAGCCAUGUUGGCGAUGGCGGCAGUGCGGGUUUCCUUUCUGCAGGCAAGGGUCACGAGCUGCGUUCGCCCAGCCCCUUUGAACGCAUCCUGCACUCGGACUGCUCUUCAGGCGGCACGGGGUCCCGUAACACCCCGGUUACGCACUCGCGCGAGACGUACGCUCUAUCCCAGUCUCAGCACUAUCACCAUCAGCAGCAUGAAGCGCUCGCAGGGGAGCCGCGUGCGCAUCGCCAGGGGCAGUAUCUCAUGGCAGGGCAGCAUGGGCGUGUUGCUGGUCCCAACGAGCCUGCCGCCUCCUCGCAACAGCAGUCUCAUGAGGCGCGACAGUACCCGCAAGGCAACAUGGGCGUUGACUCCUCCGACAGCUGCGGGGAUGUUUCCUCGGACUCGCAUGCCGCCAGCAGCAGCAGCAGUGCCUUCCCUGUGAAGCAAAGGCAACAGGAGCAGCAGCUUUCAGGAAACCAGCACCCGCAACAGCAGCAAUCCACGGUCGCACAAGUGCGUCGGCAACUGCAUGGAGGUGAUGUUUCUUCCGAGCGGCGGAACGGUGGUGGUGCUGCUGCUAACGGCACGGUGAUGGAAGCCGCUGCGGUUGGAACGGCGUUUGACCCAUGGGUCGUUGACGGCAUGUCGGCGGCGCUCGAGAUGUCCCGUCCCUCAACCUCUUCUAGUGGCACUUCUGACGCAACAGACCCGGGCAAUAGGAACAAGGUCUUGGAGCAGUACAAUGCCCGCGCUUUCGCCCUCCGACAGCAAGGGAAGCUGCUGGAGGCCCUUCGGGAGUACACCCGGGCUCUGGAGGUGGACCCCUGCCACUUCAAAACGCUGUUCAACCGCGGCUUUACGUACGACAGGCUGGGAGACCUCGCAGCAGCUGUGGAGGACUACACGCAGGCCCUGGUAGCGGACCCUCACAGCUCCUACGCCUACUACAACCGGGGCAUCACACGGGACCGGCUGCAGGACUUUGCCGGGGCGGUGGAGGAUUUCACAGUGGCCAUCAGGCUGGAGCCAACCAACGCCGACUUUUACCACAACCGAGGCUUUGCCCUUCGCAAGCAGGGUUUAUUCGAGGCCGCUAUCCAGGACUACACGGCCGCUAUCCAGCUGAAUCCCUCGCACUGCCGCGCCUACUACAACCGGGCUUUCUGUCACGACCGCCUGAACCACGUGCAGCAGGCGAUUGACGACUACACCCGAGCACUGGAGAUGGAGCCAAAUAACGCCACGGCGCUGCACAACCGGGGCAGCCUGCACGAGCGGAACGGCAGGUCCGACCUAGCCAUUCAGGAUUUCAACCGCGCCAUUGCCGCGGACCCCGGUUGCGCCCAGUCGUACAAUGCACGCGGCGUCCUGCUCCAGAGCUGCGGGCGACUGGAGGAGGCCCUGCAGGACUUGGACGCCGCCAUUGCCCUCAUGCAGCCGCCCAGUGCCACCGUGUUUCGCAACCGGGCGCAGGCCAGGAGAGAGCUGGGGGACCAUGAAGGGGCGGUGCAGGACCUCACUCGCGCCAUCACUCUGGACCCCAGCGACCUGCUGAGCUACAGUCGCCGCGCGCACUGCUACCGUCGCAUGGGGCAGUUCGAGAGCGCCAUCCGGGACUAUACCAGGGCCAUCACGUUAUCGCCGCGGAACGCCAAGCUGCACACCAUCCGCGCCUACUGCUAUGCCAUGAUGGGAUGGUUUGGCGAGGCGGUUGCAGAUUACGAUGUCGUACUUGCACUUGAGCCCGGCAACUCCCACGCCAUGUACAACCGUUCCAUCGCGCUUGAGAAGCUGGGAGGCGCCCUCGACCGAGCUGCGGCGUCUGCGGCGGCAUCAGGGACCAUGCUAUCAGGUGUAGGCGGUGGCGGCGGUGCUGCUUCUGCGGAUCAGCAACGGCGGCGGCGGUUAUCUGAACGCAUCGCGCCGUCAAGUGCCAACAGUCGCAGUCAGGGAGGACCGCCCAGCCUUGCUUUGCAGCUGCAGCAGCAACUCCAAUUGCAGGAGCAGCAGCAGCAAUCGCAUCAGAACCGGCAGCAGCACCAGCAGGCUUGGGCAUAUAAUGAGGGAAGGCUGCUGGCACAGUCGCUGCCAGCGACGGCUGGGGCGUGCCAUUCAGAGCCCUCCAUGCAUCGCUUUGGCGGCGUAAAGCCAUCCACGGUGGCUGCUGUGGCUGCCGCGCUUGCGGGCAACGGCACCCCUCCCAGCUGGUUCCCUGGAGCAGCAGCAACCGCAGCGGUAGCGACAACGGGACCUCACACGAGCAACCGUUCGCAGGUUCCGUCGUACAGCCCGCAUUCUAGCGCCACAACGGGGGGUAGCAGUGGAGCUGAUGGUAGUGCAACCGGUGGUGGUGGCAGUAGCUGUGGAUCUGCAGCCGCUCCCGUAGCCAGCCGCCAAUGCCAUUCCAUGCACCAGCAGCAACACUACCAGCAUCACCAGCAGCAACACUACUACCAGCAGCAGCAACAACACUACCAGCAGCAGCAACACCAGCAGCAGGGGAUGCGACCUCAAUCGCAGUCACAGCAGUGGCAUGCGCUGCCAAACGGUUCUGGGAAUGGCGGUCGCAGUCGCACUCCGCACAGAGCAGUGGCUGUGCCCUAGGGAGGCAGUGGCGGCCGCAUCGGGGCUGCUUUGAGGCCGUACGGGUGUCUGGAUCCAUGGUUUAAGGAGGCGGUCAUGAACGGAGAGUCAUGCCGGCAGACAGGCAGAUUCGUCUUGGUGAGGUGGGGUGAAGUGGUGGGGACGUGGGCUGCCAAGGACACAUUGAGCUGGGCGCUUCGUCAUUCUCCUCUUGGGAGCACCUGCUGUCUUAAACACCGUCUUGAUUCAUUUUGAGGGCACCCAUUAUUGAUUUUCGGGUCCUUGAGCUUAGAACUGCUGAGAGGUCGACUCGCUUGAGGAGGUGUCGCUUGAAAGGUGAGGCCCCAUGUCGACGGUUGGCCGGAGGCCUUUGUGCUGAAAUGGCUGGGUGACACGCAAGAAUGGUGGCUUCCUUACAAAUCCUUGACUCUGCAUAUGCCCGGGCCGGUGAUACGUAUGGCCGGUUGUGCGCGUGGCUCUUGGGCCCUUAGCAACACGCAUUUGCCUCAUCGGAGUCGUGAACCGG